CAACAGUGCUGGGAAGAGCUCAACGGCGGAUGUGGUUUCAAAGAGUUCGACGGUUUUUCGAGAACAGAAUGCAUUUGUAGGGAGACAACAGGCUUCUACGCUCAUGUUUGCUAGUUUCAAGGGAGAGGGAAGAAAGGAGUGAGUAGAAGUGUGCAAGAGAGAGAUGGAUAGAGCGAGGAAGGGAGGGAGGAGGAGUGAUCUGAUCGGAUCGGAUCGGAUGUCCUUCUCCGUCACUUGUCCCUCCAGCUGGCAAUCCUGGAUCGGCUACUUCCGAGACCAAGGCUUCGACUGCAUCGAUGCCAAUCUAGACUUUGAGCCCAAGACCGGAGGCGGGGGCGGGGCCGGGACGGGGAGCUCCUCGUCUAGCUCUGAAGGUGAUGGUGGAGCAGUGACUGGAAAGGUACAGGGAGAGGAGCACAAGAUUCUUGCUGAUGAGCUCACCUCUCAAAUCCGGCUAUCAUCACUACAGCGUUCCCCCCUCCUCUUCAUCCAUGCUGCCCCCUCCACCUCCUUACUCGGGCUCGGCUCUUCCUCGUCGUCCCCUUCUCCCAUCUCCAUCCUACACGCCCACCUCACCACCCGCCCGUUCAUCUCCGGUCUGAUAAUCGUCGAGAACAGUACUGGCGAAGCACUUUCCCAAGCUCAGAAAGUGGGAGAGGCAGCAGGAAGUGGGAGUGGGAGCGCAAGUGGGAGUGGGGAGAAGAUCUUAGAGGAGAUGAAGAGCAAGUUAGGUGGAAGAUUACUGGUCGUUAAGGAUAGCGAGGAGGGAAUUAAAGAGGGGGAGAGGUGGAUGGUGGAAAAGGGCUUCUGAUGAGGAGUAGAUCGUGAGGGGUGGAAGAUUGUUGAAGACUGUAAUGCAUCGCAUCGUAUCGUGUGAUAUCGUACCACAAUUCGGACAGUCGAGUCAGGGCAAGUCUUGGCAAAGGGCAUUGAUGUGAAUGGAUGGACAGCCGAGGGAGGAGGGCUCUACUCUAGGAUCGUCUGCUCUACGCUCUCGCCUCAUCUUACCA